AUGUCGUCCAUCGCCCCGCACCCUCGGCCGCCGCCUUCCCCGCGCGCUCCGGGUGUGGCCGCUCCGCGCCGUUCGCCCCGCCCCGCCAGCUGGCGGCAGCGGCCAACCGGGCGCGGCGCCGCCCUCCGACCACCAGGGGGAGCGUGCGGGCCUCUCCGCAGCGCUGGGCCUUGCGCAAGUUCCGGCGCGCGGGUUCCGGCGGUCGCGGAGAUGAUGCCGGCGCGGAGGACUCUGGCGGCGGGCUCCUUCGCGGUACGGGCGUCGCUCCUCUGCCGGCAGCGCCUCCGGCCCGUCCUGCGCCGGCGGCCACGGCCCGAAGCACCGUGCGGCCUUGCGGGCUCGGAGCCUGGCAAGAGAGUUCCGGGCGGCAGGCGGCGCGGAGACGAGACGGCCGAGAGCGCGAGCGAGCACCGGGCGAGCCGCCGUUGUGCCCCAGUGCCAGGCGAGAAGCGCGGCGGCCGGAGAGUGCCAGGUGAAGUGGCAGCGGAGGGCAGCCCAGCGUCCAGCACAGGAGACAGAGCAGCCCAGGAGCUGAGGCAGCAGCUGACCAGGAAACAGUGGAGAAAUCGGCAGAAGAACAAACGGCGGCAGAACAACAAGUUCAAGGCCUCCGACAGGCGUCUUCUGGCAUCUUCUGUGACAGACAGCCCUCAAGAUGACCAGGGAGGCCUGACCCUGGAUACGGAGGUGCCUGGCAGGCAGGCACUGUCCCUGCGGCAGCGCCUGGAGAGCCGCCUGGAUGCUGCUCGCUUCCGCUACAUCAACCAGCUGUUGUACACACGCUCCAGCCGAGAGGCAGCCCAGCUUUUCCAGGAGGACCCUGAGGCUUUAGCUGUUUAUCACCGAGGUUUUGCCCUGCAGGCAGCCCGCUGGCCGGAACGACCCACCAGCCUCCCUAGUUGUGGCCGACUUUGGCUGCGGGGAUUGCACCCUGGCUCGCAGCUUGCCCAACCGGGUACACUGCUUCGACCUGGCGGCCCUGGACCCGCGGGUGACCGUCUGCGACAUGGCACAGGUGCCGCUGGAGGACGCCUCCGUGGACGUGGUCGUCUUCUGCCUGGCGCUGAUGGGCACCAACCUGCGCGAGAUCCUGCAAGAGGCUUACCGCGUCCUGCGACUCGGGUAAGGGAAGCGGGGGCGGCCGCUGGGCGGGCUCCCGAGGCCGGCUGGGCGAACACUCCCGCUCUUUCUCUGCGCCGCAGGGGGACCCUGCUGGUGGCCGAGGUGGCGAGCCGCUUCGCGGACCUACGGACCUUCCUGGGGGCGCUGGCCCGGCUGGGCUUCCGGCUGAUCUCCAAGGACGUUUCGAGCAACUAUUUCUACACCUUCGAGCUGCGCAAGAGCUACCGGGCGGAAGUGACGAAAGCGGCCGAGGAGCCGCGCGGCCUGGCGCUGCGGCCGUGCCUAUACAAGCGCCGGUGACGUUGCGGCUCUCCCGACCCAAUAAAGGCCCGUCUUGCUGGCGA